CCUCAUUCCUCAGAAGAGGAUGAACUGAUUGCUCACGAACGAUCUGCCCUGUCUUGGUUGGCCAAUCAGUUGUAUGAUCCCCGCAACUGGGACCCGUAUUCGGACGAAUCUCUGCAGGAUACCCUUUAUUCCGGCUACCUUGGCGAACUGAUCGUGAAUGUGUCACAACCAGUGCAAGUUGAUUCGUUCGUGGAAGCUUGGCACAAAAAUCCGGGUGAGCCAAAUCUAGAAUACUGA